AUGCCUCGCGAAAUUGUCUCUGUCCAGCUUGGGCAAUGUGGAAACCAAAUGGGGGCCGUAUAUUGGCAGCGCCUUUGCGCAGAACACGGUAUCAGCAAAGAAGGGAUCCUUGAAGAGUGGGCAACAGAGGGAGGUGACAGGAAGGAUGUCUUCUUCUACCAGGCCGACGAUGAACACUAUAUCCCGCGUGCGAUACUCGUCGACCUGGAACCCAGAGUGAUAAACAACAUCUUGACGUCGCCGUACGCGAACUUGUAUAAUCCAGAGAACAUCUUUGUAUCCAAGGAUGGGGGUGGUGCAGGGAACAACUGGGCGCAGGGGUACUCGGCGGGAGAGCGAAUAUACGAAGAAGUGAUGGAGAUGAUUGACCGUGAAGCAGAAGGCAGCGAUUCAUUGGAGGGUUUCAUGCUCAUGCACUCAAUAGCAGGGGGUACGGGAUCUGGCCUGGGAUCGUUUCUCCUAGAGCGCCUGAACGACAAGUUCCCGAAGAAGUUGAUCCAGACGUAUAGCGUAUUCCCCAAUGCACAGGAAGGAGACGUCGUUGUACAACCCUACAAUUCAAUGCUUACCCUUAAGCGACUGGUGAACCAUGCAGACUCGGUUGUUGUCCUCGACAAUGGUGCUCUGGCCAGAAUAUCUGCCGACCGUCUCCAUAUACAAACACCGUCUUUCGAUCAAACCAAUCAACUUGUAUCUACCGUCAUUGCCGCAAGCACACAGACUCUACGAUAUCCCGGAUACAUGAACAAUGAUCUCGUCGGAAUCAUCGCCUCGCUUAUCCCUACACCUCGGUGUCAUUUCCUCAUGACCUCCUACACCCCAUUCACGAGUGAUCAAAUCGAUAAGGCGAAGGCCAUUCGGAGGACAACCGUGCUAGAUGUGAUGCGUCGCCUCCUACAGCCGAAGAAUAGGAUGGUAUCCACAACGCCUAGUAAAACAGCGUGCUACAUAUCUAUCCUAAAUAUCAUACAGGGAGACGUUGAUCCUACGGAUGUCCACCAAUCUCUCCUCCGUAUACGAGAACGUCAGCUUGCGAAUUUCAUUCCUUGGGGACCAGCCUCAAUACAGGUCGCGCUUACGCGACGGUCACCUUACGUUACAACCAACCACAGGGUGAGCGGCCUAAUGCUCGCCAAUCACACGAGUAUUGCCUCAUUAUUCAAACGUAUGCUCGAUCAAUUCGAUAGAUUGCGCAAGCGCAAUGCCUUCAUGGAACAAUAUAAGAAGGAAAAGAUGUUUGAGAAUGGAUUGGAGGAGUUCGAUGAUGCUAGGGCUACUUGUGACGAACUCCUGAAGGAAUACAAGGCCUGUGAAAGCCCCGAUUAUAUUUCCUAUGGUGGUUCUGAGGGUGAACCAGCUACCUAG